UGAAGAAACUUCGUGGAGAAAAUUAUCAAUUUGAUUUCGAGAUUUCAUGGCUAUUCCCAAUGAUUUGGCAGUUGACUGAUGCAUGGCAGGGCAGGGUAUUGCCAUCAGAAUUUCCUGGCAAACCGUCAGGAUGAGGAGUUUUUUCUGUCUCUGUGUGUUUUACGUUCUUUGGCCGGCUUCUGUGACAGGUGGUCCCCUGUUGUUGUAUGCCAACCGGCGAGAUAUCUGCCUCGUCGACGCCAGCAAUCCACGCAACAACUCCACUGUCAUCAUCAGCGGGCUUGACGAUGCCGCCGCAGUUGAUUAUUACUACAACGAAUAUUCCGUAUUUUGGACUGACGUCAGUUUGGAGGUGAUAAAGCGGACCUAUAUCAAUGGGUCCCAUGUUAGCGUAGACGUCGUGACGACGGGUUUGGUGUCGCCCGAUGGACUGGCUUGUGAUUGGUUGGGGAAGAAGCUGUAUUGGACGGAUUCGGAAACGAAUCGCAUCGAAGUGAGCAAUCUGGAUGGUAUGUUCCGCAAGGUGCUAUUCUGGCAGGACCUCGAUCAGCCCCGGGCCAUUGCGCUGGAUCCAUUGAAUGGGUAUAUGUACUGGACAGACUGGGGUGAGACACCAAAGAUAGAACGUGCCGGCAUGAACGGCGACCCGAAGAGUCGCUCCGUCAUCAUCGACAAGAACAUCUAUUGGCCGAACGGGUUGACCCUCGACUACAGCGCGUCAAAGAUCUUCUGGGCCGAUGCGAAGUUGAGCUUCAUCCACAGUUGUAACUUUGACGGCACGGAGAGACGCGUCGUCGUGGAGGGGGCGCUACCGCAUCCGUUCGCGUUGACGCUGUUUCAGAACACGCUAUUCUGGACGGACUGGCAGACGCAGUCGAUUCAUUCGUGCAACAAGGAGACUGGCGGCGACCGUAAGGUCAUCCACAGUGAGAUCUACUCGCCGAUGGAUAUCCACGCGUUUACGGAGCAGCGCCAACCAACAGGUGUGAACCCGUGUGGAGAAUCCAACGGUGGUUGCUCGCACCUCUGCCUGAUGUCGCCACUCCCUCCCUUCUUCUCCUGCGCCUGUCCGACAGGCGUGCGCCUGCUCAGUGAUGGGAAGAAAUGUGCUGACGGUGCUGAGGAGAUCUUGCUUCUGGCACGACGUACCGAUCUCCGUCGAAUCUCCCUCGACACCCCUGACUACACUGAUGUCGUACUCCAACUGGAGGACAUCCAGCACGCCAUCGCAAUCGAUUACGAUCCCGUCGACGGUUACGUCUAUUGGACCGACGAUGAAAAACGCACGAUCCGGCGGGCAUUACUAGACGGUACGGGUCAAGAUGUCGUCGUAACAACCGAGGUUGACCACCCCGACGGUUUGGCUGUCGAUUGGAUUGCUCGAAAUCUGUACUGGACGGACACCGGGACGGACAGAAUUGAGGUCGCGCGGUUAAAUGGGACGUCACGGAAGGUGCUGAUAUCGGAAGACUUGGAUGAGCCGCGGGCGAUCGUUCUCGAUCCUGUUGGAGGGUUUAUGUACUGGACGGACUGGGGCAAAGUCCCGAAGAUCGAACGCGCUGCGCUCGAUGGUUCCGACCGCUUGGUUCUCAUCAACACGUCCUUGGGGUGGCCGAACGGUAUCGCCAUCGACUUGGUAUCGAGGAAUAUUUACUGGGGCGAUGCGAAGACGGAUAAGAUCGAGGUGGCAAAUAUGGAUGGGACGGGAAGGAGGGUGUUGGUGUCGGAUCAACUGCCGCACAUCUUUGGCUUCAGUUUGCUGGGUGACUAUAUCUACUGGACCGACUGGCAGCGCCGCUCAAUCGAGCGUGUGAAUAAGAAAAAUGGCCGUCUACGAGAGACGAUCAUCGACCAGCUGCCUGAUUUGAUGGGACUGAAGGCGGUCAAUGUCCAUAAGGAGGAUGGUACUAAUCCCUGUGCGGAAAAUAACGGCGAAUGUAGCCAUCUUUGUUUGAAUCGGCCGCUAAAGGGACCGAUCUGCGCCUGUCCAAUGGGCCUCGAGCUCCUAGCCAAUCAGAAAACCUGCAUCGUUCCCGAGGCUUUUCUGCUAUUCUCGCAACGCUCAGAUAUCCGUCGUAUCUCGCUGGAGACGAAUCAUAACGAUGUGGUCAUCCCGCUGUCUGGCGUCAAGGAAGCGAGCGCCCUGGAUUUUGAUAUCAACGAUAAUCGGAUUUAUUGGACGGAUAUCACGUUAAAGAGUAUUAGCCGAGCUUUCAUGAAUGGUAGCGCAAUGGAGCACAUUGUUGAGUUUGGGUUGGAAUAUCCCGAGGCCAUGGCGGUCGAUUGGGUAUCACGGAACAUCUAUUGGGCGGAUGCGGGCACGAAUAGAAUCGAAAUGGCCCGUUUGGACGGAUCGUCCAGAAAAGUCUUGAUAUGGCAGGAUAUAGAGAAUCCUCGUGCGUUGGCAUUAGAUCCGCCGGAUGGUCACAUGUAUUGGACGGACUGGGGAACGAAUCCGAAAAUCCACCGCGCGGCUCUGGAUGGGACGCACCGUGCUGUGUUGGUUGGCGAGGACGGGAAGUUGGGACGUACGCACGGUCUGACCGUCGAUUACGCUGAUCGGAGACUUUAUUGGGCCGAUCUGGACUUCAAUGGAAUCGAAUCGUCAGAUAUGGAUGGGACGAACCGACGUAAGGUGGCCCAGUCCCUGCCUCAUCCCUUCGGCCUGACGCAGUACCAGGACUAUAUCUACUGGACCGACUGGAACACACGCAGCAUCGAACGCGCAAACAAGACCAACGGAUUGAAUCGAACCAGGAUCCAAGGUCACCUUGAUUACGUCAUGGAUAUCUUGGUGUUCCACGCGUCGCGUCAGUCCGGUUGGAACACGUGCGGCGUCAAUAACGGCGGCUGCUCCCACCUCUGCUUGGCGCAUUCCUGGGAGUACAACUCGACAUAUCCGCAUCAUUGUGAUUGCCCAACGCAUUAUUCCCUCAAUGCCGAUAACAGGACUUGCAGUCCUCCUGAUUCCUUCCUGUUGUUUAGUCAACGUAACCUGAUCAACCGUAUGGUCCGCGAUCUCGACAACUCACCAGAUAUCGUCCUGCCGAUUCACGGACUUCGCAAUGUCAAGGCCAUUGAUUACGAUCCUGUCGACAGGUUCAUGUACUGGAUUGAUGGACGAACGAAAACCAUCAAGAGGGCGCAGGAUAAUGGAAGUGAUGCAUCAACGCUUGUACCCAACCCACAAGACCUUCAUCAGCCAUACCACAUCGCCCUGGACCCUUACUGCCGACACAUCUACUGGACCUGUGCGCAGAAUAAUGUGAUCAACGUCACGAGGCUCGACAUGACGUCAGUCGGCGUAGUGGUUGAGGGCAAGAACCAGAAGCCACGUGCAAUCAUCCUUCAUCCUCUGAAAGGACUGAUGUUUUGGAGUAACGAGGUCAACCCACCUCGCAUCGAACGUGCAACAUUGGACGGCAAAUCCAUCACGACGAUUAUCAGUACGAAUCUUGCAAAGCCUGGCGCGCUCGCAUUGGACAUGGAACUCGGUCAUCUUUACUGGACGGAUGUUGAACUUCAUCGGGUCGAAUUCUCCGACCUUCUCGGCCAGAAUCGUAAAGUUCUCGUGAAUACGCAAGUUUUGAAUCCGAUCGGGAUUACGGUGUACGGCGAUUUCUUGUAUUGGAUCGACAAGGAUCAACAGUUGAUCGAACGUGUGGAUAAAAUAACGGGCCGUCGCCGAUCGCACGUCCAGGGACGUGUUUCGCAUAUAAGUGAUAUUCAUAGCGUUGAGGGAAUGACAAUCGAUAGCAUCAAAAGCCACCCCUGUGUUCCGAAUAAUGGUGGCUGUACGCAUAUAUGCGUCUUGAAAAAAGACGGUACAACGAAGUGUUCGUGUCCGGUGAAUUUAGUGCUGUCGUCUGACGGGGUGACGUGUACGGAGCCCCCAACUUGUGCGCCGGAUAUGUUUACUUGUGAGAGCGGUAGUAUUGACUGCAUACCGAUGGUAUGGCGCUGUGACGGUCUGGCCGAGUGUGAAGAUUCGUCAGACGAGAUUAAGUGCCCCGAAUGUCUGAAUGGGCAGUUCCGUUGUAAGAAUGGCCAGUGUAUUGACAUGAAGUAUAAGUGUAACAGUUCACCGCAGUGCACGGACGGUAGUGAUGAAGACUUGUGUUGCGCCGCGGACGAAUUCCAGUGCAAAAAUUAUCAGUGUGUGAAAAAACAGGACUUUUGUGAUGGCAUUUAUGACUGCCAAGAUGGCUCAGAUGAGAAGAUGUGCUGCGGGCAGCGCCAGUAUCAAUGUCAUAAUUACGAUUGUAUUAGCGCGAGCAAGCGCUGUGACAGUUUUCGCGAUUGUAACGACGGGACGGAUGAGUUACUGUGUCCGUCGGUUGUGGCGAGUCCGCAUCAGAACACUCAUACGAAUCCCGCGCCAUAUGUGGUGGCGGUCGUGGUGGCACUAGUCGUCAUUAUUGUCGUCAUCGUACUCUUCGUUUAUACGUAUCGCAAAAAGACAAGUUAUGAGCACGCCGGUGAUAUUAUCAUGACAAAACCGUUAAAUCCUUUAUCGGGACAUAGCACACCACCACAUACAUUAACAAUGUCGCGCGGGAAAUCGCAUACGACGUCAUUGUCAGUCAGUACGGCCCCGACGGGGCCGUCGAACUAUGAUCGCAAUCACGUGACGGGGGCGUCGUCGUCGUCGUCGAGCGCGACGCGCUACCCGCAAGAAACAUUAAACCCACCGCCGAGUCCGGUGACGGACCGGUCGCAGUGCGCCGACCUGUAUUACUCAUCAAACAGUCCUUCCACGGUGCGUUCGUACCGGCCGUACAAGCACCGGCACAUUCCCCCGCCACCCACGACGCCGUGUAGCACCGACGUUUGCGAGGACAGUGAGCCGUACCAGUCAAAAAAAUAUUAUCGUUCAUUAGCAGACUUUUACGACUCGGACCCAUACCCACCGCCACCGACACCUAGGAGCCAUUAUUUAUCGGACGAAAUGAGUUGUCCGCCGUCCCCGUCAACUGAGAGAAGCUUUUUCAAUCCAUAUCCCCCACCCCCAUCACCGGUGGGCACGUCAGAUUGCUGAACGAAUGUCUGCCGUCACCAAUGGGCAUGGUGGAUUGCUAAACCAUGAAUAGUAAUGUUUGCCGUCACCAAUGGGCAUGGUGGAUUGCUAAACCAUGAAUAGUGAUGUUUGCCGUCACCAAUGGGCAUGGUGGAUUGCUAAACCAUGAAUAGUAAUGUUUUCCGUCACCAAUGGGCAUGGUGGAUUGCUGAACCAUGAAUAGUGAUGUUUGCCGUCACCAAUGGGCAUGGUGGAUUGCUUAACCAUGAAGAGUAAUGUUUGCCGUCACCAAUGGGCAUGGUGGAUUGCUAAACCAUGAAUAGUGAUGUUUGCCGUCACCAAUGGGCAUGGUGGAUUGCUUAACCAUGAAUAGUGAUGUCUGCCGUCACCAAUGGGCAUGGUGGAUUGCUUAACCAUGAAUAGUGAUGUUUGCCGUCACCAUUGGGCAUGGUGGAUUGCUAAACCAUGAAUAGUAAUGUUUGCCGUCACCAAUGGGCAUGGUGGAUUGCUAAACCAUGAAUAGUGAUGUUUGCCGUCACCAAUGGGCAUGGUGGAUUGCUAAACCAUGAAUAGUGAUGUUGGCCAUCACCAAUGGGCAUGGUGGAUUGCUAAACCAUGAAUAGUGAUGUUUGCCGUCACCAAUGGGCAUGGUGGAUUGCUAAACCAUGAAUAGUGAUGUCUGCCGUCACCAAUGGGCAUGGUGGAUUGCUAAACCAUGAAUAGUGAUGUCUGCCGUCACCAAUGGGCAUGGUGGAUUGCUAAACCAUGAAUAGUGAUGUCUGCCGUCACCAAUGGGCAUGGUGGAUUGCUAAACCAUGAAUAGUGAUGUUUGCCAUCACCAAUGGGCAUG